AUGUGGGAUUGGCUGGUCUCACAGUUGGAUGUGACGGACUUCAUCAUACUGUCCGCUCUAAUGCUUGGCGGUAUGUACUUCUUGGUGAACAGUUCAUUUAGGUAUAAGCCAAGCAUGACACCUAUUACUCCUACAGCCAAACCGAAGGAUAUGUCAUUCAUCUCAAGAAUGAAGAAUGAAAAUCGUCAGGUGUUGAUUAUGUACGGAUCACAAACGGGUACUGCAGAGGAGUUGUCGGGACGUUUAGCAAAGGAUGUAUCACGAUAUGCUAAAAAGGCUUUAAUUGUUGACCCGGAAGAAAUAGAUGUCGACGAUAUGGCAAGACUAUCAGAGAUCAAAGACUGUUUGGUGGUGUUUUGUAUGGCUACUUAUGGAGAAGGAGAUCCAACUGAUAAUGCUCAACAACUUUAUGAAUACAUUACCACGACUGACACCGAUUUCAAAGGAGUUAAUUACGCGGUGUUUGGAUUGGGAAAUAAAACCUAUGAACAUUUCAACGCUGUUGGGAAGCUGUUUGAUAAAAAACUUGAAGAACUUGGAGCCGAGCGAGCUUUUCCGUUAGGACUAGGAGAUGACGAUGCAAAUCUCGAAGAAGAUUUCAUGAGAUGGCGUGAAGCUUUCCUACCAACAGUCGCCCAGCGUUUCGGAUGGGAACUGAAUACUGACGCUGAAACACUGCGUCAGUAUCGCCUGGAGCUAGUCGAUCACAAUGCAAAUGUCACUCUGUUCAAGGGCGAGUACGGUCGUCUGGGCGCCUUUGAACGCCUUCGCCCUCCGUUUGAUCAGAAGAAUCCGUUCCCGGCGACGAUAGCCGUAAAUCGUGAGCUACAUACAGAAAAAAGUGAACGUAGCUGCAGACAUAUCGAGUUUGCUGUCGAAGGAUCACGCAUUCGUUACGAAGCCGGUGAUCACCUUGCUGUUUUCCCCACAAAUGAUCCAGAGCUAGUGGAUGCGGUCAUCUCCUUGUUGGAUUUCGAUCCGGAGCAGGCAUUCCGUCUGAUUAAUGUUGACGAGGAGUCUUCGAAGCGGAAUCCGUUCCCAUGUCCAUGCACCUACCGAACUGCAUUAACGCACUAUGUCGACAUUUGUGCUCCUUUAAAAAGCCAUGUUCUUAAGGCGAUCAGCGAAUAUUGCUCAGACGAGAAAGAGAAGGCAUAUCUUCAACUGCUAUCCACUGCUACGGAGGAGGGAUUGAAAGAAUAUUCUAGCUACAUUGUGAAAGAUCGUCGUUCAAUUAUUGAUGUGCUUCGAGCCCAUCCGUCAUGUAAGCCGCCCAUUGAGUAUUUACUAGAACUGCUUCCUCGACUACAGGCACGUUACUACAGUAUCGCUUCUUCGCCAAAGCAUCAGGAGAACCGUAUCGCGAUCUGUUGUAUCGUCACGAAAUAUACGAUUGGAGAUCGUCUGAUCAAAGGCGUUUGUACGAACUAUUUAGAGGUGAAUGACCGCACACCAGUUUUCGUACGUAAGUCACAAAUGCGUCUACCACAUCGUACAAACACUCCAGUGAUUAUGAUCGGUCCUGGAACGGGUUUUGCCCCAUUCAGAGCGUUCCUCCAAGAGCGGAAAUUCCAGAAGGAUCAAGGUAAAGAGAUUGGGCCAAUAAUGUUGUAUUAUGGUUGUCGACAUCCGGAACAUGACUACAUUUAUAAGGACGAAAUUGAAGAAAUGGUCAAAGAUGGUGUGAUUACCGAUUUGUACUGCGCAUUCUCGCGUGCACAAGAGCACAAAAUUUACGUGCAGAAUAGGCUGUGGGAAAGUCGCGACAAGGUUUGGAGUGCUAUCGAAGCCGGUGCCCAUAUCUAUGUUUGCGGUGACGCUCGUAACAUGGCUCGUGAUGUGCAGAACGUUUUGCUACGCAUAUUACAAGAAGUAGGAGGUAAAAGUGAAGAGGAAUCGGCUACACUAUUCAAGAAUUUGGAGCGACAACGGAGAUACCAAGCUGACGUCUGGUCAUAA